AUGGGCUCCCACACGGCAUCUGACGAUCCCGACGCAAAGGGUAACGGCCUUGUGCCGGUUGCACUUGAUGUCCGCAACUCUGACCGAGACGACGCUUCCACAGAGGAGCACCGGCAAUAUGUCUUUGGGUUCAAGCUGCCUCGUUACUUCAACAAGGAUGAGGAUCGAAGGCUGGUUCGCAAGCUUGACAUCUUUCUCAUGUCUUACACUGCUCUCUCGUGUUUCAUGCAGACCUUGGACAACACCAACAUCGGCAAUGCCUACGUCUCUGGCAUGCAAGAGGAUCUGUCACUCUUUGGGAAUGAGCUGAACUACUUCUCAACUACAUUCAACUGUGGUAUUAUUGCGGGAGCAGUGCCGCUGAUGUUGCUUUCUACACGUGUCAGACCGUCCUUGCUCAUGCCAACCUGCGAGCUUGCUUGGACCGUUCUUGUGAUGGGUAUUGCCGGAGCUAAGAAUGCUGAAACAGUAUAUGGCUUGCGUUUUGCUAUUGGUUUCUUCCAGGGAAUCGCUUUUCCUGGUUUCGCUGCCCUCCUUGGCGCUUGGUAUACCCCUUCGGAGCUCGGUAAGCGAAUGGCUUUGUAUGAAGUCUCUGCCCGAGUAGCCGGUAUGUUCUCUGGUUACAUCCAAGCGGGUCUCUACACCAACAUGAAUGGAAAGGGCAUGGCGAGUUGGAGGUGGCUAUUUAUCUUUGAUGGAAUAAUCUCCUUUCCCAUUGCCAUUUGGGGCUUUUACGCUCUUCCCGAUCAACCAAGGGAUACCAGAGCAAAGUGGCUGAAGCCAUCGGAAGUCGAUCUGGCAAUCGCGAGAAUGGACCGUGUCGGCCGCCGACCAGUACAGAAGAUCACUUGGGCGCGCUUCAAGGGUAUUUGGACAACCUGGCAUGUCUACCUCUUUGUGACUUGUUACUUCCUCUAUGGUGCCUUCUCCUGGGGAGAUGGCUACUUCAACCUCUGGCUCCAGUACCUCGGCAAAUACACCGUGCCUCAGAUCAACAACAUCCCGACUGCCGGACAAGGAGCUGCUCUGAUAAACUCCAUCAUCAGUGGCAUCAUCUCGGACUGGCUGCAAAACCGUCCAGUGGUCAUUGUCGCAAACAUGUUGCUUUGUCUAGCCGGAAACGCCUUCGUCGCCGUAUGGAAGGCUCCUGAGGCACUCAAGUUCAUCGGAUACAUCUUCAUCACGGCGGGCCUUCCUGCGCAGUCUCUGACAAUCGCCUGGUUGAAUGAAGUGUGCCAGGGUAACGGAACAUUGCGUGGUCUAAUCGUUUCUCUCGGCAAUACCAUGGUCUACGCCAUUAAUGCUUGGGCUCUGGUUCUACUCUUCCCUGCAGUAGAUGCGCCCCAUUACAAGGUCGGAUAUCAGGUUUGCGCCGGAAUGAUAGGUCUGGCCAUUGUCACCGUCUUUGCCAUCUUAUUCCAGAUUAAGCGAGACAUCAACAACGGAAAGGCUAUUCGUAACGACGAGGGUCUUUUGGAGUUCAAAGCUUGGCCUGUUGAGGCUGAGACCCGACAUGAGACUCAGGAUUUGAGAGUCUAA